GAAGAGUAACGAAAGAUUACAGAGGGAGCGAGGAAGCUGAGAGGAGGGAGACUGGCUGUCUGCUGGAGAUCAGAGAGACUGUUUGAAACAGAGUUACUCAUUUGUAUCAGUUUGACUUCCAGUUUUGUAUCGAGCAGUUUCAGAUUGACAGUGUUUAAAUGACAGGGAUUAGUUGACACGUUUGUUUGUUUGACUUUCAGAGUUUGAUACAGAGUUUUUUUUUUUUUUUUAAAUCGCAGGCAGUAAACGAAACGUACGUCUGCUUGACUUUCUUGUCGAGUUUAGUAUUGGGCAUUUUCAAACUGUCAGGUAUUACAGGGGAGUCUGCUUCACUUGAAUUAAUUAAUUCAGUCACUCUGCAACGUGUCUGAAAAAUCAUUAGACAAAUGUCAAUCCGAGCUUUUAUGGUUAGAUAAUGUGUGUAUUUAAGCGUAAUUAAACUUUUUUUUUUUUAACUUUCAUUUUAUUAGAUUUCCAGUUAAACUGGACUAAUCCUGGAUUUAAUUUAAAAUGUAAGGCGCUGUCAGUCUUUGGGUCAGUAUAGCAGCUAAUUUAAAAAAAAGUAGUGAUUCACAAAGCACGGGUCUAUUUAAAUGUGUGAUGGGCUUAUUCAAGUUCACUGCUAAUAUUAGCCAUUAACUAACUCAAUUAAAGCUAGUAUUGUAUUUCACAGUACUGGCUUUCUACUUUGUUUCAGCAUAGAAUUGUAUUGUAUGAGUUAUUUUUGAUUGACUUAAAGUCUUUAGUUUGGUCAGCAGCUUGCUGGUUUACAGGGAUUUGUAAAGAUAAAAGAAUAUGACAACUUAAUAGCAGUAUUAAAAAAAUAACAUUAACAAUUGAGGGAAACCUAGAGAAGACAGACAAACAAAACAAGAAAAUCGUUUUUUUUUACCAGAGGAAAUAGUUUCAGAGAGAGAGGGAGGUUGCAGAAUUGAAAUGCCACAUUUUACAGUCACAAAGGUCCCUGAUGUUUCAGAGGAAGGAGACACGAAUGAGGCAGUCGAUUCAGCCGACAGUCACCCAAAGGCUUCCAAUCUCUACAUCAAUAACUCUCACUUUGUGGAUGACGAUGACUUCUAUGAUCGAAAUCUGGCUCUGUUUGAGGAAGAGAUGGACACUCGGCCCAAAGUCUCGUCUCUCCUCAGCCACCUGGCGAAUUACACCAACCUGACGCAGGGUGCCAAGGAGCAUGAGGAGGCGGAGAGCAUCGAGGGGGACAAGAGGAAACCCACCAAGGCUCCUAAGAUGGGCACCUUCAUGGGAGUGUACCUGCCCUGCCUUCAGAACAUCUUCGGGGUGAUCCUGUUCCUGAGACUCACCUGGGUGGUGGGGACGGCCGGUGUGCUGCAGGCCCUGCUCAUCGUGCUAAUCUGUUGCUGCUGUACCCUGCUUACAGCCAUUUCUAUGAGUGCAAUUGCAACUAAUGGGGUGGUGCCAGCUGGUGGUUCAUACUUCAUGAUUUCUCGUUCUCUGGGUCCUGAGUUUGGGGGCGCGGUGGGUCUGUGUUUUUAUCUGGGCACCACCUUCGCUGGAGCCAUGUACAUCCUGGGAGCCAUCGAGAUCUUCCUGAUGUACAUCGUCCCUGCAGCUGCUAUCUUCCGCUCGGAGAGUGAGGACGGCGAGGCGGCUGCGAUGCUCAAUAACAUGCGAGUGUACGGGACGUGCUUCCUGGUGCUCAUGGGCCUGUUGGUAUUCGUGGGGGUGAAGUACGUCAACAAGCUGGCCUCGCUGUUCCUGGCCUGCGUGGUCCUCUCCAUCCUGUCCAUCUACACCGGGGCGCUCAAGUCAGCCUUUGCACCACCCCACUUUCCGGUAUGCAUGCUGGGUAACCGCACCCUGUCUCGUCUGGAGCUGAGCGUCUGUGCCAAGUCGGUGAUCCGUGACAACGAGACGGUCCCCACGAGCAUCUGGAGCUCCUUCUGCCAGACCCUUUCCCCCUCCUCCUCGCUGUUCAACGCCUCCUGUGACGAGUACUUCAGCCAGAGCAACCUGACUGAGAUCCAGGGCAUUCCGGGGGCCGCUAGCGGGGUCAUAGCAGAAAACCUGUGGAGUGCUUACCUCAGCAAAGGGGAGGUGCUUGAGAAGGGAUCCCUCCCCUCUCCCGCUGUUCCAGGACCCCCGUCCAAUCGCUUUCCGUACGUGUUCGCUGACAUCACCACCUCAUUCACUCUGCUGGUUGGCAUAUUCUUUCCGUCUGUCACAGGGAUCAUGGCUGGCUCCAAUCGUUCAGGUGAUCUGAAAGAUGCUCAAAAAUCCAUUCCUCUCGGAACCAUCCUGGCAAUUCUGACAACUUCCCUAGUUUAUCUGAGUAAUGUUGUUCUGUUUGGGGCCUGUAUUGAAGGCGUAGUAUUGAGAGACAAGUUUGGAGAUUCGGUGCAGGGUAACCUUGUUGUUGGAAUCCUAUCUUGGCCCUCCCCCUGGGUCAUUGUGAUUGGCUCUUUCUUCUCCACCUGUGGGGCGGGGCUACAGAGUCUGACUGGAGCUCCCAGACUUCUGCAGGCCAUAGCGAAGGACAAUAUCAUCCCGUUUCUCAGGGUAUUCGGUCAUGGCAAGGCGAAUGGCGAGCCCACCUGGGCCCUGUUGCUGACCGCUCUGAUUGCAGAGCUGGGGAUCCUUAUUGCCUCUCUGGACCUGGUGGCUCCGAUCCUGUCAAUGUUUUUUCUGAUGUGCUACCUGUUUGUAAACCUGGCCUGCGCUGUACAGACUUUACUGAGAACUCCAAACUGGAGACCGAGAUUCAUAUACUAUCACUGGACGCUGUCCUUUCUUGGAAUGAGUAUCUGUUUGGCGCUGAUGUUCAUCUCAUCCUGGUACUACGCCAUCGUUGCCAUGGUGAUCGCAGGCAUGAUCUACAAGUACAUUGAAUAUAAUGGAGCUGAGAAGGAGUGGGGAGAUGGGAUCAGAGGCCUGUCUCUCAGUGCUGCCCGCUACGCUCUGCUCAGACUGGAAGAAGGGCCGCCUCACACCAAGAACUGGAGACCUCAGCUCCUGGUCCUGUUGAAGCUUGAUGAAGACCUCCAUGUGAAGUACCCUCGGCUCUUGACUUUUGCCUCUCAGCUGAAGGCCGGCAAGGGUUUGACCAUCGUGGGAUCGGUCAUUGUUGGGAACUUCCUUGAGAGCUACGGAGAAGCGCUGGCGGCCGAACAGACUCUGAAGCACCUCAUGCAGCAGGAGAAGGUGAAGGGCUUCUGUCAGCUGGUGGUAGCAGUGAAGGUGAGGGAGGGCAUCUCGCACCUCAUUCAGUCCUGCGGUCUGGGAGGCAUGAAGCACAACAGCGUGGUGAUGGGCUGGCCGCAGGGCUGGAGGCAGAGCGAGGACCCCCGUGCCUGGAAGACCUUCAUCAACACUGUGCGCUGCACCACGGCUGCUCACCAGGCCCUGCUGGUUCCCAAGAACAUCUCCCUGUUCCCCUCGAACUCGGAGCAGCUCUCGGAAGGGAGCAUCGACGUGUGGUGGAUCGUGCACGAUGGGGGCAUGCUGAUGCUGCUGCCCUUCCUGCUGCGCCAGCACAAGGUGUGGAAGAAGUGUCGCAUGCGGAUCUUCACAGUGGCUCAGAUGGAAGACAACAGCAUCCAGAUGAAGAAGGACCUGGCCACUUUCCUGUACCAGCUGAGGAUGGAGGCCGAGGUGGAGGUGGUGGAGAUGCAUGACAGUGAUAUCUCAGCCUACACGUAUGAACGAACCUUGAUGAUGGAGCAGAGAUCCCAGAUGCUGAGGCAAAUGAGGCUGUCCAAAUCUGACAGGGAGAGAGAGGCAGCGCUGGGAGAUUCAAGCAGGAAAGUGUCCGAUGCCUUCCCUUCCCGACCCUACCUCAGCGACAGUACUAGAAACAUUCAGGCUCAGUUAGUGAAGGACAGGAAUUCAAUGCUCCGCUUGACCAGUAUCGGCUCGGAUGAUGAUGAUGAGACGGACAGUGGUGCCGGGGGUCCGGAGCGGACUGACCGCGUCCACAUGACGUGGACAAAGGAGAAGCACCUGGCCUCGCGGGGGGUCAAAGCAGGGGGGGGGAGCGGCACCCCAGAGGGGUUCAGAGACAUGCUGAGCAUCCGCCCUGACCAGUCAAAUGUGCGCCGCAUGCACACGGCAGUGAAGCUGAACGAAGUCAUCGUCAACAAGUCCCAUGAUGCUCGCCUUGUGCUGCUCAACAUGCCAGGACCACCUCGCAACCCGGAGGGGGACGAGAACUAUAUGGAAUUCCUUGAAGUUUUAACCGAAGGUCUAGAACGAGUGCUAUUGGUCAGAGGAGGAGGAAGUGAGGUCAUCACGAUUUAUUCCUAAUAUUUGCCCAGCGACAGGGGUGGGGCCAAUAGAAUAUGAAGAGGCGGGGCCUAAAGGAGUCCUUGCCCUCUUUGUUUAAGCCCCUCCCACACUUAGACACUUUAAAAAUGAUUGCAUAUGUUGGAGAUGGAGAUACAUUUUUUGUUAAAGGGAUUUUUUUUGUCUUUUAAAGUUGAACGCACUUCUAAAUGUCUUUAAUAAAAAUACA